AACAGCUGAAUGGAGCAUGAUGACUAUGACGCAGCGUUAAUGUGUCUGUUUGAAGCUGUUUAGCUGUGCCAUCAUUAGCUUUGCUAGGAACUUAGCCUGGCUGCUAGCUAACAGCAUGAAGAAACACAUUUGGCAUGUUUUUCUGCACAUCCCAGGUCCCGACUCUGAUGAAGGCCACAGCAGAUGAUGAAAACCCAUGUCCUGGCUACCUUUUCCAAGAGAUUGGAAAAAUCUCCCAUGAGUCUUCAGGUUGUGGUCAGUGUUUGUUGGAGUAUCUUCUGGAGAGGCUGCAAGUGGAGUCCUGUCAUGUCAAACUCAAGGUGCUGAAGAUCUUUGUCCAUCUCUGUGGCCACGGCUCCAACCAUUUCCUCACAGAACUCAGAAGGAAUUCCACUUUCAUCCAGCAAGCAUCAGUUUACAGUGGCCCUCCUGAUCCCAUCCAUGGCACAGCAUUGUACCAGAAAGUGAGAAACACAGCACAGGAAGUAGCCCGGCUGCUUUUCACAGACAUGAUUCCCACCAAAAGCGGUGUCUCCCCACUCAAUAUAGCCCCCCCAACAAUGGGUAUGGGCUCAGCUGCUUCCCACAGGUCAGGAAUGCAGGGAUUUGGAUACAAUCCAGGGAGGCAGGGGACAGGAGGCAGUGACACCCUGCUGGAUAAGAUCCAGAAAGCUGCAGAGGUAGUGGCCAGUGCUGUCCUUCCCCCAACUGAGCACCAGGGCAUCCGUCUCCAUGACAACCAUUAUCGGGCCGUAGUGGCGCCCUCUGCGCCCAUAGAGGUGGCCGUGCCAGCUUGUGCCUACAAUCUGCCUGCUCGCAGACCAAAAGUGUCACCACUACCUACAGCAGUGACCCAGAGGUGCCCAGGGCAGGUGGGAGGUGGCUGGGAAGAGACAGACAGCGGAAACAGCUCCUCUCACAACUCUUCUCAGGACAUCGCAGCCAACAGCCGGGCAUCUGUGGGCAGCAAGUCAGCAGGCACCGGCAGCCAAUCAGGGGCCAGUAGAGAAAGCAGUGGGGACCUAUCUGAGCGGGUGGAAGCCUUGCAGUUGGGGGACUGUGGCCAAGAGAUGGCGCUCAUCAGCAGACUGUCUGAAGGCUCCAGAGUUUUCCUGUCCCGAGAGGAGAGCCAGCACUUCAUCAAAGAGUGCUCCAUUCUUAACUGUGAGGUCGUGGUGGAGUUGCUCUCAAGCAGGCUUCAAGAUCCAUCAAACACCAUUAAGAUGCGGGCACUGUGUGCAGUAGCAUGCCUCAUGACCUCUGACCUCCUCUCUCUGGAGCAAAUGUUUGCUGCUACACAGCGAAAGCUUCGUCAGCUAAGUGAAGGGCCACCUGGACCCGUGGCCAACAAAGCCACUAAGAUUUUGCGACAGUUCGAGGCUCUGAUUUGUGGAUCUUUACACGCUACCAGGCAGGAGCAAACUGCAGCCGCAAGCAGCAGCAGCCAUCAGGCACCAUCUAAUCAACUUCCUACAUCUACAUACUCAAACCCUUUACUUCAAACCCACUCUGCUGAUGACAAAAACCUCAAACAUUAUCAGGUAAAGGACCUCCAGCCUGAUAUCUCACCUGCAGAUAUCAAUCACCCAUCUUCCCCUUCUAGUCUGGCCCGCAGCGGCUCCUCAGGGGAGCCGAUGAAUGACGAUGACAAGGGGUCUCUCAUUCAGCAAGAGUUAACGCAAAGCCAGGUAGAACCUGUCAGGACUGCUGAGGUUAAACCAGCGGCUGAAGAUCAAGAGUGUAACACAGACAGGAGCUCUUCCCCUCCCUCUGAGCUGCAGAGUGAGCAGCCCUGUGUGAGCAGAGUGUCCUUGUUCAGUGGUAUGGAGCUGGUGACCAAGGGAAGACCGCUGUGUGACAGGCGUCUCAGUGAGGGAGAGACAUCCCAGACAGAGACUGAUACGGAGAAUGACACUUUAAGGGAGAAUCAAGCUGUGGAUACCUCUGACAGUCCAGUGGACUCGUCUCUCCCUUGCAUCAGUAAAACCAGUGAGGAUGCUUCUUCAAUUUGCAGUCCAGUUGUAUCUGGUAGCAGCCAACCAGUAUCAGCCUUCUCAUUUCUCAACUUUUGACCACAGAGAGACCAACUUUUUACAGCUGGAACUGUUAAACCAAUGAUGUCAAAAAGUAUUUCUUUUCAGAAAUAUAUUUAAUUGUAUGAACGAACAUCAGAUCUGUAAGGUUAUAAUUAAAUAGACAGCUUAUUCACUCACGUUUGGGUUUUCUGUUCUUAUCUGUAUGGUGCCUCCUCGGAAGCUGUACUUUAGCAGCAGCUUGAGUCAGGAGAAAAAAAAUUCUUUUAAGUAUGGAUGGGUGCAAUCCUGCUGUCUGUUUGUGUCUAAUUUCUCACAAGCAUUUCACAAGUAUGGUUGUCUUGAAUUACAGGUUAUUACUGACAGUUGCUUUAUCUCAGGAUUCCUUUUAGGUAAUUGAAACAACUUGUACGCCUCUGCAGCACGCCGUGAACCUCUGAGGGGGAGAAUCCCUCCAUGUGUAAUUUGCACUACAAUUGCUUUUCUUAUGGAUUCAUAAAACUACAAAUGAGAGUUGUCUUCCACUCUUUUUUUUUUUUUUUGGUACUAAGCUAUUACAUUAUGUUAAUGUAAAUGUUGUCUGAGUGUUAGUUUACAAAUUAUUUAUUAUGUCUAGCCUGUAUUGAUUAAAAUACACUAUGCUUAUAAAACACUUGUUUGGGGAACUAAUGGAGGAAAUAAUUAUUGAGAUUAGUGUGUGUGUGUGGAACUGUGUUAGGCUAAAAAUCUGCAAGCAGCAUAAUGCAAAAUAUCUGCAACUUCAUGUCACCAAAUAAAAACCUUCAGUAUCU